GCUAUUAACCUCAAAAACGAGUACACAAAAUAAUUUCUUUGAAUUUGGUAUGACUGUAAAUAAUACGAAAGAUGAUGGCAGGGAUUUUGAGUUAAAGGAAUUUAAUGGCGAAGACCAUCAGAAUAUAUCGAAAGAGCAAAAAGAAACUGAAAAUGAUGCUAUUGAUUCACAAGUAUCAGAUGGAAAAAAAUGUAUGGCCGUGAAUCAAACAACAGAAGAUGGCAGUGAAAUGGAUACAAAGGAAUCCAAUUGUGAAAACCAUGAGGAUACAUUAAAUAAUCAAAAAGAAACUGUGAAUCAAUCAAAUGAGGAAAAUAAUUGUAUAGUCGUGAAUCAAACAACAGAUGAUGGCAGUGAAAUGGACAUGGAAAUGGAAUCCAAUUUUGAAAACCAUCAGGAUACAUUAAAUAAUCAAAAAGAAACUGUGAAUCAAUCAAAUGAGGAAAAUAAUUGUAUGACUCUGAAUCAAAAAACAAAUGAUUGCAGUGAAAUGGAGUUGGAUGAAUCGAAUGAUGAAAACCUUCUGCAUGUAUUAAAAAAGCAUAAAGAAAUUGUGAAUCGUGCUAUUAAUUCACAACUAUCAGAGGGGGAUAAUUGGUAUCUUCUUGAUAACCGCUGGUACACACAAUGGAUUAAAUAUGUAGAUCUAGAAGAUCCAUCUGCUCUAGAGUCAAGUAAUCCUGGACCAAUAGACAAUUCAGGAAUUAUUGACCAAAAAAGUGGCAGGUUGAAAGAGCAUCUUCUUGAACGUAAUGACUAUCAAAUUAUAAAUGAAGAUGGGUGGAUUGCUUUGAAAAACUGUUAUGGGUUGAUGCCUAAUCAAGAGCCUAUUUGUCGAAAAGUUGUUCAACAUGGAUUAUAUAUGAAGGAAAAAAAGUUAGAGGUGUACUUAAUUGAGCUAAAGUUGUGCUCAUUCAACGACAUGGAUAACAUUGUUUUGAAAAGUUUUAGCAAAGUUUCUACAAUUGCUGAUGUUUUGCGUGAAGCUAAGAAGUUACUACAUAUACCAGAAGAAACUGAAACAAGAGUAUGGAAUAAAUUAAUGCAUAACACUUAUGAAAUAAUCACCAGGAUGGAGAGCACUUUGCAAGAUAGCACAAUUACAAGUGGCCAGAUGCUAGUACUUGAGUUAAAAAGUAAAAAUGGUGAGUGGACAAGACAAACAAGAAAUAGGUCAUUCUCUGGUUCCUCUUCAACAAAUACUUCAGAUCAAGUAUCAAGCUAUUCAAGCAUGAGUUAUGAACAGCAUAGAACAACAAAACCUGGCUUAUGUGGCUUGGCAAACAUUGGAAAUACUUGUUUUAUGAAUUCUGCAUUGCAAUGUUUGAGUAACACCACACCUCUCACAAAAUAUUUUCUAUCGAAUACCUACAAGCAUGAGCUUAAUCCAAAUAACCCACUUGGAAUGCAAGGCAAAAUUGCUGAAACAUAUGCUGAGCUGUUACAUCAUGUUUGGGGAUCUAACACUUAUUUUACACCCAGAAAUUUUAAGAUGCAAGUUGGAAGAUUUGCCCCUCAAUUUUCUGGCUAUCAGCAGCAAGAUUCGCAUGAGCUUUUAGCUUUCUUGCUUGAUGGUUUACAUGAAGAUUUAAACAGAGUAAAGCAGAAGCCAUACAUUGAACUUCAAGAUGAUAAAGGAAGACCUGAUGAGAUAUGUGCUGAAGAAGCAUGGAGCAAUCAUACAUUAAGAAAUAGUUCAAUUAUUGUUGACCUUUUUCAUGGCUUGUUUAAAUCCACUGUUAAAUGUCCAGUUUGUCAAAAAAAAUCAAUGACAUUUGAUCCAUUCUGCUAUUUAUCUCUUCCUCUUCCAAUAAAAAAAGAACGCAACCUUGGGAUAAAAUUCAUUCCAUUGGACACAUCUAAAACACCGUUAAAAGUUAAAGCGAUAGUUCCAAAACUUGGAAAUAUACUUGAUUUGACAAGCGCUGUUGGCAAUCUUACAUCAACUGACCCUAAUAAGUUAAUGGUUGCUGAUGUAUUUGGUUCCAAGUUUCAUAAGAUAUAUGAACCUAAUGAAAGUCUAAGUCAAAUAACAGAUAGAGAUGAUAUUACGAUAUAUGAAGUUCCUUUUAAUCUGUCAAAUUCCAAAAAUGAAAAUAUUCUUAUUAUACCUGUUUACUUGAGACAUACUCGUGAAAUAAGUUAUUCCUACACUUCUUAUGGCUAUUCCAAUCAUUUAUUGUUUGGAACACCUAUAUUGGUUUCAGUACCAAAAAAUAUAUGUAAUGCUAAAGAUUUGUAUCAAAUUAUUUUACGAGCAAUGAGGCGAUAUGUAAAGGUACCUGUCAAUGUUGAACAUACACCCAUCAGUAGUGAGGAAGAUUUUGCAAGUAAUAAAGACUCUGACAGUAUUGAACAAAUAUCUCCUGGCAUUGAGCCUUCACCAAAUAGUACUGUUGAUGAUGAAAGUACUGAGGACAUGUCUGAUGACCAAUGUAAUGAAUCAAAAAUAAAAAGAGAUUUUCUUGAAAAAGAAUUAGCAAAAGAUAAUCAGAAAAAUAAAGAAAAGAUGAUGUCAGAAGAUGUAAUUCCGGAUUUCCUUUUUCAAAUAUGUGUUGUAAAUAUGGCUGGCAGCCAAAAUAUUAUGCAACUGAAUUACAAUGAUGAUAAUCCUGUGAACUUAAAUUCUCAUUCUUACCUUGCAAUUGAUUGCUCUCCUCAGUUUAAGAAGUAUUAUUCAGAAAAGUUAGCACAGGAAACUGAGGAGCAUGAUUCUUGGAAUGCAGUGUGUCCUCCUAAAAAAACCGUGAACUUAAAUGACUGUCUAGAUUUAUUCUUACAAGAAGAAAAACUAGGUGAAGAUGACCCAUGGUACUGUCCACAAUGUAAAGAGCAUCGCCAAGCUUUUAAAAAAUUUGAUUUAUGGACUUUGCCAAAAGUACUUGUUAUUCAUCUCAAAAGAUUCUCUUACAAUAGAUAUUGGAGAGAUAAAAUAGACGCUUUAGUUGAUUUUCCUAUCAAUCAGUUAGACCUAACUAAUUAUGUAAUAAAUAAAAAUCAUCCACGUGCUGUAUAUGAUCUUCAUGCAGUUUCUAAUCAUUUUGGUGGUCUCGGCGGUGGACAUUAUACGGCUUACGGUGUUAACUGCUAUGAUGGUCAAUGGUAUUAUUUUGACGAUGCAUCCGUAACUUCGGCUAACACGGAAUCAGUCGUUUCGAAAGCUGCUUACGUACUUUUUUAUACAAGGCGCGAUGAUCCCGAGAAAAUGAAUUCUAGCGAACUUUUAACUGAAGAUAUUAGUGAUUAAAGAAUGUGAUCCGUCUAAAACAAAAAUUUUGCAUCAGCAAUCUCGCAGCAUUAUCUAAAUUUUUAUUAAUUAAAAUUUAUCGAUUUUUUAAACACAAUCUGAAAGCAAAAUCAAUCAGAAUGUGAAACCGAUUUUCAUAAUAAUACGUUUAACAAGUUCAACAUAUCUAAUUUAAAAUAAUUUGAAUUUUACUGAGUCAUAUCACCAUAAUUAAUUUGAACACUUUUUUUUAAUAUAAAUAGUCUUGCCAAAAUAUCUGUCGCUUUAUAUAAAUUGAUCAGCAUUACAACGUAUUUGUGGAUUGUUUGCUGUUUUGGCGUAAAUUAUUUUUAUUAAAUAAUUUCAUAAGUUUUAGUCAUUUAUCAAAAGUCUGCGUCAGUACAAACUUGUCGCAUAAACUUGCCCGAUCUGCAUCAAAUACUUGCGUAAAGGUGAAGUUGAGUAAGCUAAAAUCGUUGUAAGGAAAGAAAUUGAUCAUUUAUGUUAAUUUUAUAAUUUCAACUUUCUUUUAAAGUUUAGUUUAAAUGGAUGUCUUAAAAUGGUAUUUUAAAUGACGGACAUGAAUGUACUAAAAUCAUUUGCAAGUAAUAAAGUUUGCAUUUAUGCAGGGCAUCGUUUAUGCGAGUUUAUUCCUCUACUCCAGUGAUUGUAAUAUUUUAUAAUGCGCUUGUAAAACGACGUAUUUAUUGAUCGUGUAAACGUCCUAGUUGUUUGACAAACUGGAGGCCGCUUUAAUACAAUUUAUAUACGGAGAAGUUGUGUAAUUGAAGAGUUAAAAUGACAAACAUCAAUGGGAGGAAGGGAAUUUUUAUACUUUAUAUUAAGUUAGUAUAAAUGUUGCUUUGUACAAGUGCCAUUUUUAAUUUGUAAAUAAGUAAGAAGUUGUAUAUUAAAGAGAUGAAAUAAAAUAAACUUCUGGCUUA